AUGCCUCCAUCUGCCUCCACUUUCUACCUCCCACUGAGGAACGGCGACCAAGUAAAAGUGAACGACCACGUUUAUUGCUCGCCCAGCUUCGCUGUGCGAGAUGGGACCCCUUACUCGGUGGCCCGGAUAAUGGAAUUUCUGCCCGCUCAGGGCACUCCCACCUUCGACAAAGGGGGAAAAAGGAACGAGCCCUUCACACGUGUUCGUGUUGCUUGGUAUUACCGCCCAAGCGACGUGAGCGACCGCCCAGUGGCAGAUUCCCGCCUCCUCCUCGCCGCCAUUUAUUCCGAAGUCUGUGAUAUCAACCAGCUGAGAGCAAAAUGUCAUGUUAUCCACCGAGACAAAAUCACAGAUCUCGCAGGGUGGAAAAAACGCCCCGACAGGUUUUAUUUUCAGCGUUUGUUCGACCCAUGGAUUCGGAAGGAGUUCGAGGUCAUCUCAGCGACGACCGUCAGAAAUCUUCCGGCUAACAUCAGAGACGUCUUGAUCUCUCGCUACGAAUAUGUUGUCGCAGAGAAAGAAGUCGUGCCAGACCUUACUGAUACGCUUCGGCAUUGUGACACGUGCGAACAGUGGUGUUCACCUCCCGAAACGGUACAAUGCGACAGAUGCAAGAAGUUCUUCCACAUGGGAUGCGUGAAUCCUCCUCUUUUAGCUAAGCCCAGUCGAGGAUAUGGGUGGACCUGCGCGCCGUGUUCACGGAAACAUGAGGAAGAAGUAGACAGCCACGAAGUCCGCCAUCCCACGCCAAUAGCGCCGAAACCCAAGACAAAUGCCCCAGCGCCGAGAGGUCGCGGACGUCCUCGGAAGGACCGCACGCUCGCCGAGAAGGAAGAGAACAUGGAGAUCAAGCACUUCAAGAUGUGGCCCUUCCGGUAUUUUGGGCUGUACACGGUGGCAGAAGACACGCUUGACCCGGAUGAUCUUAUCUUCCCACGAACGGCGACACGUGUGGGGCCGAAAUACCAAUCAAGCGUCCCUCUCGCACCUGGCCUCGAGCGUAGUCCUGAGUUGGAAGAGAGAGGUGGUGAUUCAACGAUUGAAGUUCUCGGUCUCGUGCAAGACAUGUCGCCGGCGGAAGUGGAUACCUUUGAGUUGUGCAAGAAUACGUUGACCAAAGAUAAGACCUUGAAAGCGAAUGUUGACUGGUUGACCGAAGUCACCUUCCGUUUUACGGACGCGUGGCUGGCGAAGCGCGACCUUACUACCGUGAACAUGAAGUCACCGAUGCGUCUCGAGAAAUGGAAGAAAUCGGAGACAAGGUAUACAGAUAAGGACUGGAACGUGCUGGAAAUUGCUGCCUUUGAAGACGCUAUGUUGAUACAUGGUGCCGAGUUGCGCCCAGUGCGGGACCAAGUUGGCACAAGACCAAUGCCUGAAGUAGUCCGUUUCUACGCCCAUUGGAAGAACUCGAAGCUUGGGGAGGAGAACAUACGAAUCAGGGCAGCACGCUCCGGCGGAAGGGACGAUGCUGUCCGAUUUACCUCUCCUGCUCUGUCUAUAGACGAGGGUUCUAUCGUCAGGGAGCUCACGAGAGGCAACAACAGCUGUGGUGCUUGCCGCACUCGCGAAUCGGACGUGUGGUGGAAAGCGCCGAAAGGCCUGCCAACUAACAUCCUUUGCGACAACUGUGGUAUAAGCUGGAGGAAGUAUGCUGACCUCAACGUGAGACCUGUGCGCGAGGAAGCAUUGGCCAAGGCGAAGUCUGGCGACAAGCGUGAGGGGACACCGCUACAUGGUCCAGCCUCGAAACGAGCGAAGACAACGCCCUCAGUAACAUCAACUCCCCCACCAUCUGGCCCGGUGCCCGCUACUACGCAGUUGCGGUGCCUUGCAUGUCAGAAACAGGGACCUGCAGGCAAGGUGCUCAGAUGUCGGCAAUGCCAAUUCCGUGUUCACGCAGGCGUGUGCGGAGUCGUUGUCGAUCAAUCAACUGUGGAAUCGUGGAUUUGCGAGCUCUGUUCAAAUGAGAAAACACUGGAGGCAUCGCUGAUCCCCGAUUGCAUCUUGUGCCCUAGAGUACGGAGAGACCCGAAGAAGAAGUUGUUAUAUCCUCCUCCAGAUUCUUUCCUAAGGGCGUGCAAGCCUACCGAAGGGCAGACUUGGGUUCAUGUGGUCUGCACCGUCUUCAUUCCUGAGGUGAUGUACUCCGAUGCAAGGCGGCUCCGUCUUGUGGAGGGUGUUAGCACCAUUCCUCAAUAUCGAUGGUCGAACAAAUGCACAUUAUGCGAUCACGAUGGAGGCGCUGUUGUGAAAUGUGCCGAAUGUCCCGCAGAGUUCCAUGUCUCGUGUGCGUGGCGGCAUGGUCACAAAUUCGGUUUCGAGUUGCAGCCUGUGAAAGCCAGUCGAAGAGAUUCUACUACUAUCGUCGAAUUCAAAGACCACUCCGGUUGUAUGGUGCCAUUAAUCAUCUGCAAGGGACACAUUGGUCACAGGAGGGAGCUACACGAGAUAUGCGAGACAAAUGAGUUCGGAGAGACUGCUCUGCAGAUAUACUGCCAGAAUUACAAGCAAGUGCCGACCGCACAUACACAUGGUCUUCUGCGGAAGGCCCGCCGACUCGACAAUAUCCUUGGCGGAUCGGACGGGACAUCGACUCCUUCAUCCGAUGCUGACACUCCUCCAUCUGGUCCUGAAUUUAGGUGUUACCGUUGUCGCAGCGAGUUCUCCCCAUUUUUCCAUCCCGUUUCACCCGCAAACGGUAAGGCCGUGGCUCACCCUGACGCGAAGUCAUGGAUGUGCCAUCGGUGUUUUGUAGAAGCGCGAGAAAACCAAGUAGUAACCAACGGGACUGCGUCCACAUGA